AUGUCGCAGUUUGACCCAUCCAGAUUGUUCUCGGUCAACGGCCAGGUUGCCGUCAUAACCGGCGCUGGAAGUGAGACAGCUAAAGCAGGACCAGAGGGCACAAUCAUCCCAGUCCAAGGCGACAUCACAUCAAAGGAAUCCCUCCAAGCAGCCUAUGAAACAAUCUCAUCACAGACAGAAUACAUCGAUAUGUUGAUGGCCAACAGCGGUGUCACCGAGCCAAACCCGCAGUUCUUGUUUCAUCCCCCGGCCCCGACACCCGACAACAACCUCGAAGAGAUCCGAAAGACACUGUGGUCUAUCUCAGAGGAGGACUUUUCGUUCGUUCUCCAGACCAAUGUGAUGGGUAGUUAUUAUACGGUCGUGACUUUUCUGCCGUUGCUCGAUGCUGCGAACAAGCGACAGCCGCCUCCAACUUCUGGCACGAUUCCACCCCCAAGGGCUCAGGUCAUCGUUACUUCGUCGAUUGCUGCAUGGAUUCGUGUAGUGUACCCAAGUCUCCCAUACAUCGUAUCUAAGGCUGCUCUUACGCAGAUGGUCAAGUCGCUUUCAACGACCUUUGCCCCCCAUGAUAUCCGUGUUAACGGUAUUGCACCGGGCGUUUAUGCAACCGAGAAUAUUUCAAACAUAUACGGUGACUACGAACAUAUCACCUCUUACGGGUCUAUCCCAAGAGAUUUGAUCCCUCUUACGAGGACUGGUGGGGUUGAGGAUCUCGUGGGGCUCAUCCUCUAUAUGGCGAGUCUUGCUGGAGGAAAUCUUAAUGGUAGUAUCAUGAUGUCUGAUGGGGGGUCGUUGAGUGUGGUGCCGUCCAACUAUUGA